CUCUGGCAUCAGCGGACUUUUAGUUUGUGGCUUCAGAAGCAAAACAGGCUGCGCGGUGCAGAAUCACUUCGCUGUUCAGAGUUUGAUCGUCUGGGAGCCUUUUUUUUACGCACGUGUGUUUUUUUUCCCCUUCUGCGCCGAAAUCAAAGUUUGGAAUUACUGUGAGUGCGAUUUGACUGACUGCAUGAAAUAGCGGUGAACAUUUGGGGCUCUUUGAAGAGACGAGCUUACCAUUUAUUAUGACCGCUGAGGCGCAUUCACAUUUGGGACUGCAGAAAACCUCCAUGGAUUUCGUCAGCGACUUUGACUUGAUGAAGUUCGGCGUAAAGAAGGAGACGAUGCAGGGAAUAGACCGUUCCUUCAUCGGGCCGUGCAGCCAGCUCCAGAGACCAGACUCUGUCUCCUCCACCCCCGGCAGCACACCUUGUAACUCGGUACCCUCAUCACCAAACCUCCAUCCAAACGAGCAAAGAAAUAACCCCGGAGGCGACCCGUUCUGGAUACCCAACAACGGGGGUUACCCUCAGCAAAUGUACCCUCAAGCUUUUGGUCUGACACCCGAGGACGCAGUGGAGGCCCUCAUCGGUGCUACAGCGCAGCAGGGGCACCCUUCUGCGCCCCACGGCCACCACCCGCCACCUUUCCCAACAGAAUAUGACGGGUACGGCCACCUGGGCGAGCCUAUCCAGCACUACCCGGGGCUCCCGGGUCACCCCGACAUGCAAGGCAUCCCAAGCAGUCACUGCCAAGACCCCUAUCUCAAAGACGACAUGGGGUGCGCGUCCCCUGAGUCGCCGGAGGCCCAGCAGGUCAUCGGUGCGCACCACCAUCUCCAGCAGCCGCACAGCCGCCAAGACAGGAGAGCCGGGGCCGAUUCCCAUUUCUCAGACGACCAGCUGGUUUCCAUGUCCGUCAGGGAGCUCAAUCGGCUCCUCAGAGGCCUCAGCAAGGAUGAAGUGAUGCGUCUCAAGCAGAAGCGCCGGACCCUGAAAAACAGAGGUUACGCACAGUCCUGCCGGUACAAGCGCGUCCAGCAGAAGCACAUUUUGGAGCACGAAAAGACCAGCCUGGUGUCACAGGUCGAGCAUCUGAAACAUGAACUCAACAGACUGGUGCGUGAGAGGGAUGCAUACAAACUUAAAUGUGAGAAACUGUCCGGUGCAAACUGUUACCACGAAACCGGGUCCACCAGUGACAACCCUUCCUCACCCGAGUAUUCAAUGUGAGUUUGGUGAAUUGCCCGCAGAACUGGUUCUUUUCCAUACAGAGACAUUUAUGUUGACAGCACGCCUUGCUUCUUAACAAACAAUCCCAAGGACGUUUGAACAUAAGGAUCUCACUCAAAUAAUUUUAAAUAGAUACAACUAGGCAACAAGUUAUGAAUGGAAAAUCACACUGAAGCAUGCAUGCAGGACAUGUAUGAGAUUUUUUUAUUUUAUACAGGCAUAUGUAUUUUGUCUGAAAGGAUAUACUUGAAAUCAAAGAAUAUUCCCUUUUAUUAAUAUCCAACUUAUUUUUAAUCAUUUUGCUUAAGUUACUGCUCAAUCUUCAUAUCAGUGAUUUUGUUUGCUUAGUUUUGUAGCUCAAAUUAUAGCCUCAUGCUUCUUUAUCAAAGAAAACAUACUGGAAAGAAUGAUGCUAGAAAUUACAUUAUUAUUAUUUUUAUGAAUCUGAUUCUGCUGGACAGAUGUGUUCUUUGUUCUUCUUAAGAUAAUAUACAGUUUUGCAAAUUGUGUUUCUUUUACUAUGUUUUUCAUUUAUUAUG